AUGGGGUUCCAGUUUAACCACGUGGGCGGGGGGACGAAGACGCGCCGUCCGAUCACGCUGCAGAUGAAGUACAAUCCAGCGUGCGUGGAGCCGCGGUGCUACUUAGUUCUGGAUAAGGAUCAUACUAGCGAACAGGAGAAGACUCUGCAGCAACUACAGGCCUAUAUCGAGUCCGAGAACCAGCGGCUGGAGAAAGACAUGGGGCGAUUCUCGGACCGAGAGGUGGUGGUGCGCGUGGAGUACAAGUACUGCCCCAACCUCACCAUCAUUGAUACGCCUGGACUCAUCUCCGCCGCUCCAUCUGUCACACACACGGCGCUGCAGGAGCAAGCCAGAAUUGUUGAGGCACUAGUACUGGCGAAGAUGAAGCAGCAGGAGUUUGUGAUACUGUGUCUCGAAGACAGCAGCGACUGGAGCAACGCGACGACUCGCCGCAUUGUCAUGAAGGUCGACCCGGACCUCUCCCGGACCAUCCUCGUGUCCACCAAGCUCGACACUCGCAUCCCGCAGUUCUCCCGGGCAGCCGACGUGGAAAUGUUUCUCAACCCGCCGCUGCCGGAUAUUUCGGCGUCGCGGCUCGCCACGCGGCCGUUUUUCACGUCGGUGCCGUCGGGACGAGUGGGCUCCGGAUCGGAUGCUGUGUUUAUGACUGACGACGAUUUCAGAGAUGCAGUUGCUCGGAGAGAGAUGAGCGACCUUGCAGCGCUAGAGGACAAAAUGGGCCGGCCUCUUUCGGACGACGAACGAGCACGGGUGGGGGUUAGCCAGCUUCGGCUGUUUUUGGAGCAGAUGCUGCAGCAACGGUAUCUCGAGAGUGUACCCUAUAUAGUGCCGCUGCUCGAUAAGGAAUACAAGUCUGUCUCCACCAAGCUCUCUGCCACCUCUGCGGAGCUACAGAACCUGAGCGACGGCGAGUUGAGAGAGAAGAGCCGAAACUUCCGCGACAACUUUGUCCGGAAGCUCACGGUUCUGCUCCGUGGCUCCAUUGCUGCUCCGCCGGACAAAUUCGGCGAGACUCUGCAGGAAGAGAGGGCGCGUGGAGGGAUCUUUGUGGGGUCAGACGGCCAGCAGUUUCCACAGAGGCACAUGCCGAACGCCAGCAUGCGCUUGUUUGGAGGGGCGCAGUACCACCGGGCGAUGGCCGAGUUCCGGUUUGUGGUGGGUGCAGUGCGGUGCCCUGCGAUAUCGAGGGAGGAGAUUGUGAAUGCGUGCGGUGUGGAGGAUGUGCAUGACGGCACCAACUACUUCAGGACGGCGUGUGUGAUUGCUGUUGCCAAGGCAUGGGACGUGUUCGAGCCGUUCCUUCGACAGCUCGGGUUCCGUCUAUCCCACAUUGUGGGGCGACUGCUCCCCAUCGUGCUGUUCCUACUCAAGAGGGACAACGAGCCCAUGCUGGUGCAUGAAACGUUCAUAGAGCGAGUGCAGGAGUCGUACCACAAGUUCGUCGAUGCAACAGAGCGCUCCUGCAUUGACAAGUGCAUGGAGGAUCUCACCAGCACCACUCGCUUCGUCACAUGGUCUCUGCAUAACAGGUCUCGAUCUGCACUGCGAUCCUUCUUUGAUUCAGCCAUGCCCAACCACGACUCCUCCCUCCUCGCUGCUGUCGGCGCCUUCGAAGCAUCCACGCCCAUGCCGGUUCCAGCAGCCACAAGCAGACAGAACUCGCCGCCCUUUGGCCCGACCGACUACCAGUCCAGUCCAAGCGACGACGGCCGGGGCGACAGAGGGGCAGUAGGGGGAACCAACCGAGCCAGCGGCAAUGGUACCACUGCUGGUGGUACCGCUAGUGGCGGUGCUGGUGGUGCUGGUUCUACUGCUGGUGGUGCCGCUGGUGCAGCAGCAGGAGGCAGCGGCACAGGAGGAGGGAGGCUGGCGGAUCUCCUCGAAUCCACCCUCUGGACCCGCCGGCUCGCGCCUUCCUCAGAAGACAUAGUGAACGCGCUGGUGAUGCAGAUUUUCGAGGGCAUCCGGGACCACUUUGUGAUGUCUGCAGAGCUCAAGUUCAAUUGUUUCUUUCUGAUGCCGUUAAUGGACCGGUUUCCUGCACGGCUGAGGGAGGACCUGGAGGCGGUGGCAGGGGGUGGGCUGGAUGCGGUGUUUGAUAUCUCGAGAGUGCGCGGGCAGCUGGAGAGGAGCCGCGGGGAGCUGGAUGAAGAGCUGAGGCGGGUGCAUGCACUUCAGGCCAAGUUCGCCAGUAUUCACCACAGCCUGAGCGUGAUGCCAUCCCAUGCCAUGUCAGCACCAACGGGGUCUCUUUUCAGCUCACAGACUGGAGCGUCGCCGUUGCCCUCCUUCGGGUCGUCAGACGCAGCUCUCCUGCCCUCACGGCAUUUUGCCGACUCGCUCUCAUCGAUGUUGGACGCGCAGAGCCUGGGGACUCCAGGCGCAAGAAAAGACGGUCCUUUUUUAGGAGAUUUUUCGGAUAACGUUCACGACAGGAUGGGAGCCGAGCAGUCGACGGAAGGAACUGACCGGCUAAAAAGGCUGUACUCUCCUCGGGAGUGGGACGAGCUGCAGCGCUUGUUUGUGUCACUCGCGGCACAGUCACGCAGCAACGGGCAACAUGUCAUAGCGAGUGUGUUCCAGGCAUACUACGGCAUUCAUGGCAGUCUUGGAGGUCGCCUCUUUGAGAUUGCCACGCAGGGGAACAAGGAUGGUCUCAUGCGCUUCCAGGAGUUUGCAGCUAUCAAGGCUGUGUUUGACAAGGGUUCACCUGAUGAAAUUGACCGCAUGUGCUUUCAAGUCAUGGACGUUCUCAAGUCUGGGAAAGUCGACAGGCGAGAGGUUGAAGAGGUGAUUCGCAGUGCUCUCACCACUGUCUUCGGUCCCCAGCACUCCCUUACACUUGCCAUCAUCCAAGCCUUCGUCUCCUCUGCCUUCCCAUCUAUUCCUACAUCUAGUACGUGGACUUCUUUCAGUCACUCCUCCCUCGCUUCCACCGCUCUCCAUCCCUCUUCUGCUCGGUCUUCCACAGCUGCUGCACCGCUUGCUGCAUCAGCAACGGCAACAGCAGCACCAUCGGAGGGAGCAGGGGGACAGCAGCAGCCAGAGGGGGGGAGGCCAGAGCAAGAAGGGGAGGGCGUAGGUAGGGAUGGUAGUGCGGGUGCCAGUGUUGCUGCUGCUGAUACCAGAGUUCAUGAUGAUGGUGCCAUUGUUGCUGCUGAUGAUGGAAGGGAGUUGUCAUAUCAGGAUGCAGUUCGAUGGUGGACUGCAGUCCCUGCUGUCAAGAAGUUUCUCCGGAGCCUCCUCACCCCUCCAGAUCUUCGUCCGCCGCUACCAACUCUCAUUGCGCCACCUGUCACCGCCAGUGGCUGCCACAUCAGCGAAGAAGCUGGGGAGCGGCAGCAUGAGAGCAGGGAGGACACGUGGCUGCUGCAGAAGGAGCUGACGUGGCACAUAGCUGGUGCACUACAGGAGAAAGAGUGUCGGGAGUGGUGUUUGUUGUACAGCAGCAAACUGCAUGGCCUGAGCUUCAACUCUUUUCUGGGGAAGGUGUCAUCUGUACCGCAUCCAACCGUUCUUGUGGUCCGAGACUCAUCUGGGGCCAUCUUUGGGGCCUUCGCUUCCAAGCCGUGGGAGCGAGGCAGUGCUUUCUACGGUGACAUGCGCUCCAUCCUCUUCUCCUUCCUCCCCACUGCUGCUGUUUUCAAGGCAGCUGGCACCAGCACUAACAUUCAGUGGUGUGCGUCAGGCUUUGCCUCUGAGUCCAUUCCCAAUGGCAUCGGUCUGGGCGGCCAACCGGGUCAUUUCGCCCUUUUCCUCUCGUCGGAUUUCGACUCAGGUCACUCUCGCCCCAGCACCACAUUCAACUCCUCUUCACUCUCUUCAACACCAAACUUCAACAUAGAUGCUGUGGAGUGUUGGGCUGUUAUCAGUGCUUCUCUUUCCGAUAGGAUUUCUGCUGGCGAUGGGGGGAUAGGAGCUGUUGGAUCGUCACGGUCUGGAGUGGGGAGUGGGAGAUCAGACGAUGCUGGUGGUAGUGGGAGAGGGACGGUGCUGGAUAGGUUUGGGAAGGAGCGUGCGAUGCUGGGCAUGAUUGGAAUAGCCACGGCUAGUGAGAACAUAGGCAGGGACAAACCGGAUAGAGAGGGGUGA